UUCUUCAGGCAGAAACGACCAAUCAUCGUCAUCUUCUCUUCCACGAAUCACGAUUGAGUGCGAUGAAUUUUUGUUUGAAAAGAAAUGGUGGAAUUAUAUGAUCGGAAGAAACCGGCAAAUUGGCCGGAGCUGAUCGGCCGUUGCGUAGUAUCUUUAAUACUUGUUUUUCUAAUUCAAUGCUCCCAAUUUCUUGUUCCUCACUUCUUCUCCGAUUUGUCCUUCUUCAUUCAGCUCCUACUUUCAGCUUUGAUGCUUCUAGCCGUUGCAAGCGCUGCUGGAUGGUGCAGGCGGCUUCUCCGAGUCCGCUCGUCUGCUCCAGCGCUCGUUUUCUUCAGUGUACUUUUCGUCUGGCUAGUUUACAUUGCUGUUGUUCGACAAGAUGCUUCGCUUUUGAUGAAUCUUCUGUUUAAUGGGCAGAUAAUCUUGCUCAUCUUUGGCCUUUGCAGGAUGUUAUCCAGUGAUCCUGGUUUGGUGUCAUAUAGUACAUCCCCUUCAGAUGCAACUUCCCAAAGUUUAGUUUUAGAAAUGGACACUCACCAUUUAAUUGAGGAUAUUGGAUUGGAUGAUAGGUUGAGACGCUGUCCAAUCUGCAAGACAUAUGUUAAAGGCUUUGACCACCAUUGUCCCGCAUUCGGAAACUGUAUUGGGCAUAAAAAUUAUGUCCUCUUCAUGGUCUUACUUUUUGGAUUUAUCUGGACUGAAUCUACGUACAUUGUGUGCUUAUCUCAAUAUUCGGCCGAGUCUGAACUUCUUGAUGGUGAUGGAACUAGGUUAGAGAUCAAUUUCUCAAAGAAAGUGGCCAGGAGCACCAUGCUAUUCUCCAUUCUACAAUUAGUAUGGCAGGUGUUGUUCUUCUUGUGGCAUAUAUAUUGUAUCUGCUUCAAUAUCAGAACAGAUGAAUGGAUUCACUGGAAGAGGUAUCCAGAAUUUCAAAUUGUUGUUCAGUCUGAGCAGGGCCUAAGGUCCAAUGAAAUGAAGUUCAGAAACCCAUAUGACAAAGGAGUUGUACAGAAUGUGAAGGAGUUCAUCAUGGCUUCAAAACAAUGAGACUUGUGUUUGCGUGGAACCAUUCUCUGGCAACGAAAUUUAACUGGCAAUUUGAUUAGCAUAGGCCGAGUUUCGAAACUCGAAGGAGCAACUUACUAUCUCAAUGAAAAGAGAACCAAAGUGAUUGAAGCAACCAUAUAAGUUCAUCUCUCUUCUUGCUUGCUUAUUCUCUUGUGGUUUUGUUAUUUGUUGUCUAUGAUAUUGAGAUGACCUGUUGAAGAAAAUGAAGGUUAGAUAUCCUCUAUCUAGGUUAGUUGGUCUGUGGAACAGAUAGGAGAUUUGUACAAAUAGUAAAUGGAAGUGGCUGAGCUUAGUGCAUUUGAGAUGGAAGCCUGAGAUUAACAGAGUAAUUAGGUUAAGUAUGCAAAUAGUAAGACCAGGAAAAGAAAAAAGAUAUGAAAGGGGACAACAAUGAUGAUAACAAAAUGAUAUUACUUAGUAACACAGUAAAAAGUUUGAUUCUCUUAUAGUGUAAAAAGUUAAAAGAUAAAUUGUGUUUGCUUUACUUAGACCUCAUUAUCAAAUGUUAUUAUCUCUCCUAAUCAAUGUUUGCUUUACUUAGACCUCAUUAUCAGACCCUAUAAUCUUCUUCAAUUUAUAGUUGGAGGGGAGAAGAAUUUUGGAUGCUGGAAGUAGGGAAGGGGGGCAAAAAAGUAAAUGCUAUCAUUAAAGACUACAAUUAAGAGAAAAAGCAAAUUUUAUAGGCUCUAGGCUUAUAUUCCUACUCUGCCAGACUGUAUUCUUUUUUUAACAAAUUAAUCAUGGAAGGUUUAGAGAUGAACAUUGAGGAUGUGUAGGAGAAAAUCAAAAAACUUAAAGUUGUGAGGCCAAACAUAAAUUUUAAUAAUGGUUUAAGUUUUAUUUUAGGUA